ACAUCAACAACAACAACAAAACACAAACCUUAACCAAUAAUACCAAUAACACCAACACCUAAUAAUAAUAUCUAUAACAAUAAUAACGGUGUUUCUCUCUCUCUCUCUCUCCCCCAGACGGCAAAUACCAGGCCCUCCUUGACGGUCGCCUCCUCGUGCACAAAGUGGAAGCAGCUGACUCCUAUGCUACUUACAGAUGCCGAGUCUUACACACGCUCACCGCCACCACAGCCGCUUCUAACACGGCCAGGAUCAUUGUCCAUGAUCCCCGCGAGAGGCAGAUCCCAAGAAUGGUGACCAAGUCGACGACACUUCAGAUAUCAGAUACCAAACCCUUGGUGCUGCCCUGCGUCGCCCACGCCCACCCGCCGCCGGAGUACAGGUGGUGGCAAGUUAGAGGAGAUGAGAAACUUCCUCUCUUGACGUCAUCCAACUCCAUGGGCGUGCCAAUAGGAGCAGGAGGCGGAGAAGGGGGCGGAGCACAGGGAUGGGGGCGGGGCGGAGUAGUGGUCCUCGAUCCAACACGUUUGGAACUUGUUGACGAAUCGACGACGCUGGUUUGCCAGGCUUCCAACGAGGCAGGGAGAACGACUAUGGAAGUGCGAAUCGAGCGCAGUGCCAAAGUAACGGCCCACCUCUCACCCCGAGUGCUGGUGGUGGACGCCGGCGCAGUUGGCACUCUACGAUGCCAGGUGCCAGGAUCGCACCCUCACUCUAUAUCCUGGUACAAAGACGGACAUGUACUCACGCCAGGAGGCAGGAUUGCUAUUACAGACGGAGGAUCGACCCUGGAGGUACGAAGCGUAGGGCGCGGCGACUCGGGGAUGUACCAGUGCUUCGUCAGUGGCUCCAAGGAAACGGUGCAGGAUGCCUCGGAACUUCGGCUUGGCGGUGAGUAGUCGGAGAUUUGUUUCGAUUAGCGGGUGCUUGGGUGCGUUUGUGAUUGU